AUGUAUAAGCGAAUAAAUAGGAACGAAACUAUAAAUCCAGUUUUCCAAGUUGAAGUAGUUGGAUUUUUGGAUUUUGCUUUCUCUAAUGAGCGAUCUACGGCAAGAUGUCCUUGUAAGAAGUGUCAACUUCAAAAGUUUAAAAGUAGAGAUGAGAUUCAUAUAGACUUAGGAUUCACAACAAAUUAUAAUCACUGGUAUGCACACGGUGAAUUAGAACCCGAACUUCAACAACCACAACAAACAAUAGUGGACGAAGAUUACAAUGAGUUUGAUGGUGUUGAACAAAUGGUCAUGGAUCAAAAUGUUCCCGGUACAUCACGUACGUGGGACGAGCAAGAACCACAUCAACACGCACAACGUUUCUAUAAUAUGUUACAAGCUGCAGAUGAGUCGUUGUGGGAGGGAUGCCAGAGAUUUUUAAAGUUACAGGCAGCGACAAGGUUUUUGAAUUGGAAGGCGGAUUGCAAUGUGCCAGAGACAACCUUCAAUGGUAACCUUACUAUGGUAAAAGAAAUGCUACCUGAUGGUGAACAACUGGUUGGUAGCUUUUACGAGACAAAGAAGAUGUUGAAGGAGCUUGGUCUUCCGAAAGAAAAGAUACAUGGUUGCAAGAACCAUUGCAUGUUAUUUUAUAAGGAAUUUGUUGAUCAUAACAGUUGUGUAAUAUGUGGGGAGUCUCGUUACAAGACAAUCGGCCGAAACAAUAAUGUGCCUAAUUUGGUGUUGAUGUAUUUGCCAAUUACACCCAGAUUACAACGGUGGUAUUUGUGUAAGAAAAUAGCAAAGGAGAUGACUUGGCACCAUGAUCAUCAAACCAAGACGGGAAAGAUGGUACAUCCGAGUGAUGGGGAGGCUUGGAAACAUUUUGACAGGAUGCAUCCCGAUUUUGCUCAAGAGAUUGGGAAUGUUCGUUUGGGAUUAUGUAUAGAUGGUUUCAAUCCCAAUAACUCCAACUUAAGUCCAUACUCAUUAUGGCCUGUUUUUCUUACAAACUAUAAUCUACCACCUUGGAUGUGCAUCAAGGACCGGAACGUCCACCUGGCUUUGCUGAUUCCUGGCAAGAAGAGCCCUGGUCAGAACUUGGAUGUGUUUCUUUGGCCCUUGAUCGACGAGUUAAAGAAGUUAUUCUUUGACGGUGUCGUUACCUAUGACGCUCAUCGACGAACGAAUUUCACAAUGAGGGCCGUAUUGUUGUGGACGGUUAGUGACUUCCCUACUUAUGCCAUGUUGUCUGGUUGGAGCACACAUGGCAAGUUAGCUUGCCCAUAUUGUAUGGGUAAUGCAUGUGCAUUCCAGUUGCAAAGCGGAGGGAAGUCGUGUUGGUUUGACUGUCACCGCAAGUUUCUGCCAAUCAGACACUCGUUCAGGCAUGAUAGGAACCAAUUUCGUGUUGGACAUGUCGAAAAAGCUGGUCCACCUCCUCUUCUAACUGGGGAACAAUUAUGGACAGAAGUUUGUAGCCUUCCUACGGUCUAUGAUGGAGUCUCACACGGUUCAAGGCAAUAUAGGAAACCUGUGGUGAAAACAAAGCCAAGAGAGGUCUAUGACUUAGCAUCGAGUACCCCUGAAGUCCGGUCGGAUGAUAAAAAUAUAGACGAUGAACAGUUUUUUCAAGAAAAUGAACGAAUAACCCGACAUGAGGGAAACGAAGAUGUUCAAGAACCAAUCCAGCUUGUCACAGGGGAAGACGACAUCGAAGUUGCCAACGAUCGUCGCGACAACUGGCAUGUUGAUGAGAGUAGUGAYGAAGAAGAGGAGUUCCAAUACYHGGAUAGUGACUCUGAGGACGAAGAACUUGACUUGUCUGAUCACUCAUCAGAUGAUUAG